AUUGAUGACGAAAUCGCGGAAAUCGUUCGCACGAUUUCAGAACGUACGUAAAUUCCAAAGCGAGAGAGAGAGAGAGAAAUAGACCUUUUGAUCUAAAUUAUAAUACAUUUGCUCUUUUUAUUACGUUAUUCAAGUAGACUUUACAACAUCCCGUUAACAUUAACGCGCGCAGAUAACGGUAUCUUCUUUGUUACAUUAAAAAUAUCGCCUGACGACGUCGUGUCGACAUUUGUGUUUUCGAAUUGCUGUUGUUUGUAACGAUACUCCGAAAAAUUUCAAAGAAUCGUUUAUUGCGAUAAUGAAUAUUGCGUCCGCAUCACAUUUCAAUCUUUUAAUAAACAGUAAACUGCUGCGGGGAAAAAAAAAAUGAAUGAAAGGCAGUAACGCGAGAUCGAAAGGCCGCGUUAAACGAGCGGAGAAGGGUCGCGGUUGAAAAACUCGCGAGUUGCGUUGCGCCGCGAGUGUUGCGAUGCGAUAAACCGCGCAUAAUUUUUCCAUGAUGCGACAGUAUAAAGUCGUUACACGAUUUGCAUUGGAUUAAGGAACUUCUCCUCGCAAAGACGAACGGCGAAGCACGAUCCGGAUAAUGCAAUCGCCACGAAAAGGAAGGUUUUCAAGUGUGGUACGUGAGGAGAUGAUGUGAAGAGAGUAGCUGCGAUCGGCAUCAUGUGUUACCCUUGAACCAUCGAAAUCAUCGUCCGCUGAUUUUUCACACAUUCGGUUCAUAACUCUUAUAAUUUAUGAAUGGAUGGAGCUGCGUCGGGCAUCAUUGGAGGAGGACCGGUUGCGGAUCUGGGAGGUCUGGAAAGAUGGUGGAACGAUCCGGCAAUCGCGGCCUGGAGCCUCGUGUUCUUCGGCUGUUUCCUCCUCAAUGCGACUCUUUUGCUCGCGUUUCUCGUGCGGCCGGGUCUGCGCACUAUUUCCAACAGAUUCGUGAUGAACCUAACCGUCUCGAAUUUACUUACUUGCGCCGUGCUGAAUCCCCUGCUGAUGAUGGACGGUCCAGCGAUAGGCGACACGGUGACGAUGUCCGCGUCGGCGCUAGACAAUGCCGCGUCCUCGCUCGGCUCGACGUCAACAACAUCCACGUCGACCGUCAGCAACAUAUGCGCGAUAUCGGAAGGUGCCACGGCGCUCGUAACGACAUCGUCGAUACUCUCGGUUCUGCUUAUCGCCAUUGACCAAUACUUCGCUGUGGUCGAUCCGCUUCGUUAUCGGACCCGGGUCGACAAGCUCAAAUCGGCCGUGCUGAUUGUAUCCGUCUGGCUGGUUUCGGCUGCGUUCAGUCUUAUCGCCGCAUUGAAUCCGAAUCCGCGCAGUCUUUGGCUGUCCUGCAGAACGGCGUCAUUGUUUCUGGACAAUUCGUCCUUUCGCGAACAGAUCGUGCUGAACACGACGACGUCGGACGUCUCUUCGUUUGACUCGGCGUUCUCGCUCUUCGGCAACGAGACGAAGGAAGAAGAAAUGGAUGCUGAGACGACUACGUUAUUCAAGACAAUGGAGUCGAUCAAAAUCGAUCGUAGCAUUGGUCUCUACGAGAACUCAACUGUGAUUUUUCGCUCUUUGACGAACAACUCGGUCAUUUACGGACUCAUUUAUGUAGUGGUGCAUAGCGUGCUAGCGUAUCUGCUCCCGUUCGCUGGAAUCUGUUGGAUCUACAUCAGAAUAUAUUCGGCCGCGCACCGAAACUCGCAGAGAACUCGCAGGACCGGUUCGCGACCGAUUCUUUCGUCGGCCAGUUUCUGCGAGGAUUCGUCGUACGGUUGCGCGAGAUCGCAGCAACAACAGUCCACUCCUCCCGAUGGGUUUUCCGAGGAAUUUCGCAGAAUACCCAAGAUCUCGAGUCUCUCGUCCAUCGACGAGACCAGCGAGACGACGCACUCGGCCAAUCAGACGUCGCGACGAAGAUCCUUCUCGUCGGUUUCGGACGUUCCGCAAUCGGGACCGAACGACGAGAAGAUCUUGUCGGGAGUUGUCUUCACGGUCGGUUUGCAACCGAUGGAAGUCUUACCUUCAAACGAACAAGACGAUAACACUUUGACCGAGGCGGAGGAACUCAAGACCGAGCUUCUCGAGGACGAUCAUAGAGUUUCGUCUUAUAAUGAUCUCACGAGCCAGAUGCACGAUCUAAGAUCGGACCAAAGACGAUCGUCCUCGCACGAUCUAAUAGAUCAACCGGCAGAGUCUUCCAGAUGGAUCGCCGGAGACACGAGCGAUUCCGAGUCUGAGGACGAGCAACGCUACGGUUACUUCGAUUCCUUGAAAGUUCCUACUAGAACCACUGGUAAGAUCACCGACCGAAGAUCUUCCGACUAUCUCUUGUCACUUGCCGUUUGCAAGACGACGGAAAAAACGUGCGAAGACGCGGAAAGUUCAAAAUUAAAAAAUACUUCCGAGAUGACGACUCGUUCUGUUGACGAAGAGGAAAAUUCUGUCGCAGUUAAAACGACAGAGCGAGAACAAAUACAGAAUGAAGUUCCGAAUUCCAGUGGUAAUUUGGAGAACAAAAGAUCGAGGAGACCCGGCCGACGUUUGUCGAGAUCCGGCAUUUCGGACGGCAACGGAGAAUUGCACACGAUCGUGAAGAAUGCGGAGAAUAUUGGAAACAACAAUUUAGAACCCUCGUCCUGCCUGCUAACACCGAUAGUGACGAUCACGCCGGCGCCGCCUGGCAAGCCGGGUCUGCAUCGGGUAGCCAGCACUCGCAGCACGUGCAGCUACAUCAAUUCGCUGAAGCACAGAAUUAGCAACGGCUCGUUGUUUAGAUAUCGCGAGGAGACUCGAGCGGCCAGAGUGAGCGCGCUGGUGAUUGUGAUGGGUCUCAUCUGCUGGUCGCCGUAUGUUCUGCUGAGUGUGAUCAAAAAUCUACCGCAGUGCUCGGACUAUGAGUUCCCGCACGAAUACGACGUGCUCGCGCUGAGCUUUCUGAUUCUGGCCGCUUACGCGAGCCCGUUGCUCUUCGGUUAUCGAUCUAGACGAGUGAAACGGGAGUUGCGCAAGUUCUUCUGCUUUCAUCGCGAGCUCUCGUACAAGAACAAUCGCAGUCUGAUGGCGAAGAAGGUUCUGAAGCGACGGCACAGCAACACUCUGAGUCAUUUGGAGAUGGAUCAUCGGUACAACAUUUUCAACUGCGUGUACGGCAGAAACAGGUGGCCCAAGGAGAAGGUGCAGUUCGUGCAAGUACCGGACACCGCGCUCGCGGUCGAGACCUGCAGAAGUAGUUUCUCCAGCGGCGCCAGCACGCAGAUCUCCAGCACGUCCACGGAAGAAUGUUGAAUCGCGAUGGGCCUCGCGACAUUGCGCGGAAUUGUCGUGAUCGCGAGAGAACUGGUUCCUCCGAAGAUCGAUGUCGUGAGAGAUGAAAAUCACGAACGAUGCGAGAGACUGCGUGAAUUGAUUCUGCGUUUGUGCGCGUGGUACAGACUCACCGAUAGACUGCGCCUUCGCGCGAUCAAGACAAUAACGAAAUAAAUGACGUGGCCGGAUGAGAGGGCGAUUUUGCUGUUUGUGUAUAUUUUCAUCGCUGCGCGAUUCUGCGAGCCCCCCUGGCGUAUUUGCGCGGCUUGUCAACAAUUCUUAGGUAGUGUUCGAAAAUACGUCGCCUUUUAUUUUUGAACACAUUGCCGCCUGCGUGAGAGACCGAGUGACGCGAGUCAUCAGCAAUUUUUGGUGUUUAUCGCUCGACGGUGCGCGUCUUCUUCGCGCGCGCUCCUUGAAUUCAACCGAAAUGCGUGCGAAUUCAAUUGUCACCUUUUCUUCCGAGAUGACACACUUUUUCUUAUUUCACACUUAAGUAUAUGUACAUAAAUAAAGUCUGAUCCUGCGAGAUAUAAACUUACGCGGACGCGCAAUUGCGAGACAGACGUGCGAGAUCGUGUUCGACGCGAAUCGUGUUCGACCGAUCUCGCGGAGCCGGUUGUUUUGAAAACUUUGCGAGUAUCUGUGGAAACCACGCGAAAAGUCGUAAAGCGACACAGAAAGACACGCUCGCCACGUCUCUUGCAUCGCAAUCAAAAUAAACGGCUUCCUUCUGCUUCCAUCCGCGCCCGGCGAUAUAUCUUAGUAUUAAGAGCCUUAUUGUGCGCUAUGCUAUAUACGUCGGGUGUUAGCCGGCUCGAGAAGUAUUAGAGUUCGCCGAACCCGAAGAGGAGGCUUUAGUCUUUACGCUUAUUUACGCAUCGCGUAUACUCUUCCUCUCUUUCCCCGCGCGCUCGCGCACCGACGUAAUUGCACCGGUCGUCAGCAGCAUCAUCUGGGAGAUGGAUCAGACGCACGCAAGUAGAUUAAUCGGUGCAAGCGGCGUGCACCUUCAAGCGGCUAUUUAUUUUGCAGAAUAUAUGCCCGCGCAUACACGAGCGUGUCAUUGCACGGCCGUGCGUGUAUUAGUUAUGUAUGUACACAGCAUUUUCAUGACAGAAACCUCCUCAUAUCGAGGGAGGGAUUAAGGUCUUUGUGCUAUCCGCCGAGAACACCGCGCUUCUGGAUUUUAUUAAUUUUUGUAUAUUACAAAUAGAAACUUGUUUAUUUAUAUUAAAUAAUUUGUACAUAGAAAGAGAGUGAGAGAGAACGCGCGGAGAAUCUCACAAUUACUAGUUCGUAUCCUGUAUGUAGAGUUUUACUCGUGUUUUGUGUGUGUGUGUGUGUGUGUGUAGAUAUUUGUCACUGUGUUUUUAAAACUGGUACGUACGAAUACAUGUGUAAAGUAUAUAUGUAUAUAUAUAUAUAUAUGUGUGUAUAUAUAUAUGUGUGUGUGUGUAUAUAUAUAUAUAUAUGUGUGUAUCUCAUUACCGUUUUGUAUUAUCAGGUGAACUCAACAGGCUGUCUAUAACAUGUGAUAACGCCAAAACCAAUCGCCACUUAAAUAAAUUAAUUAAUUUA